UCGAGGAUUAUGGAGUUCCUGAGCGACAAAUUCGGCCUCAAGAGCCCCCCGGCGGCGACGGGCAAAGGAGGCGACUUCUACCUGGCCUCCGGGGGGCCCCUCGAGCACGUAAUGGAAGCGCUGGACGGCGGAGAGGCCUUCUACGGCAAAGGCGGAGGCAAAUGCGUGGCCCAGGCCGCCUAUAAUCCGCACGCCAGGCUGGACAGGGCGUCCCCGGGCAGGGACGGCUCCGUGAACUAUGGAAUUACCAAAGUGGAAGGCCAGCCGCUUCACACCGAGCUGGGGAGACCUCUGGAUAACUGCAGCAGCCUUCGCAUGUCCCCCGCCAAAGGGAUGCAAGAGAAAGGCGAGCUGGACGAACUGGGAGAUAAGUGCGACAGCAACGUUUCCAGCAGCAAGAAGAGGAGGCACCGGACCACUUUUACCAGUUUGCAGCUGGAAGAGCUGGAGAAAGUGUUCCAGAAGACACACUACCCCGAUGUUUAUGUACGGGAGCAGCUGGCUCUGAGAACAGAACUCACCGAGGCCAGAGUUCAGGUCUGGUUCCAAAACCGAAGGGCAAAGUGGAGAAAGAGAGAACGGUACGGGCAAAUCCAACAAGCCAAAAGUCAUUUUGCUGCCACCUAUGACAUAUCUGUUCUACCGAGGACUGAUAGCUACCCGCAGAUUCAGAACAAUUUGUGGGCAGGAAAUGCAGCGAGCGGUUCGGUGGUGACUUCCUGCAUGCUUCCACGGGAGACCUCCUCUUGUAUGACCCCUUACUCUCAUUCGCCUCGGACAGAUUCUGGGUACUCGGGUUUUUCGAACCACCAGAGCCAAUUCAGCCAUGUUCCCCUCAACAAUUUCUUCACUGACUCUUUACUUUCUGGAACCACCAAUGGACAUGCAUUUGAAACCAAGCCGGAAUUUGAACGGAGGUCUUCCAGUAUUGCAGUUCUACGAAUGAAAGCCAAAGAACAUACCGCUAACAUCUCCUGGGCCAUGUAAUGUAAGAGA